ACCUACCUAAUUUAUACCUUUUUUUCGGAAUUAUUCAGAUUACAGAGGUUUUAAAUAUCUGUUACUGCCUUGGAUUAGAUCUAAUCAAUGGGUUCUGCUUUGUUUCCAUAUAAUAUAAUCCUAUUAUGAAAACUGAAGAGUUAUUUUAUUAGUGACAUUAUUAUAUUGGGGGGGCACAUAUAAAACCAUCCGCAAGAAAAAGUAUACAUAGCCACUGCAGUAGGUGUAGUACAUUGCGUCUUACAGAUAUGGGCAGAUAUGGCGCAGUACAGCGCAGAAGUGUACAGCAAGAUCAAGGGCAAGAUGAAGUGGAUAAUGUAAUUAGUAAAAUGGCACGACCAGCUUCCCCAAUUCCAUUAAGGAAUUAUAAUAGAAUGUGUCGAAGAAAUUCAUAUGAUGUCAGCAAUGAGAGUAGCGACGAUGACUCAGAGGAAGACAACAUAUUAUCCAAAUCUUCCCCACCAGCCUUUUCGAUUUACAGUGAUGAAAUAUAUACCAGUGCAAAUACGACAGUUCAACAAAAUGAGCUACAGAACAGCAGGAAUAUGUCUACAAGCUCAAAUCUACAAAAUUCACCAGAACACCAAAGAGUAAUGAAUAACAGCACAAAUAGACAAAAUCAGUCUUUUUCACAAAACUUAAGUAAGAAAGACGAAUCGUCAAUUACUCAGUUAUUAAUGCAAAUACUGUUAGUGUUUCUCGUCGCAUGUUCUGCAGUAUUUUACUUAAGAUAUUAUCCAAGUGAAACAACAAAAAUGAAUAGUAUUUAUGAUAAAAUGAGCUUCUAUAAUGAUGUCAUGGAUCUAGGAGAGAAGUAUAAGGUGAAGGAUACUUCUAUAUUGCAAGUAAGGACAGGCAUCGCAACAAUAUUUGAAAAACAAGACACUGGAUCAUUUAUAUUUGCAUACAACAGCAAAAGCAACAACUUUAACCCUGUGAUGUUCAACAAUUUUAUUGAGGACUUAGCUGCGACUGCUUCGAGAUAUUUACGGAACGAAAGCGUCCACCAUAAUGCAGUAGUAGUGGACACAGUCAACCUAAAAAUGCAAACGGAAAAAGAAUUCAUGAACCAGUACGAGCCAGAUGUGGCCAAAACCGGCGUAAUGCUGGUUAAGGAUAUUGACAACAUUCCAGCACAGCUUGCAAUGGCUUUCCAUUACUACUGCGAUGAAUACAGUCCUCUAGUCAGGCGGAGUGCAAUAUUCUUCACAUUAAAUUUGGCUAGAUGCUCUAAUAAUUCAGAUCCAAAGUCUACACAUGAGUAUAUAGAAAAAUGUCUAGCCAAGAAAUGGAGUGCAGUCGGAGAAGAUAGGAUUGGGCCAUUACUUACUAGGGUUGUCAACAUUGUUGUAGAUGUUACCAGUGUAAUAUGAACGAGGUUUUAUUUAUUGUAAUA